UACUCAAAGGAUCGAACAAAUUACGCUUGAUCCACUUCGAUCUUCUGGACGAUGAUUCUGCAGAGCAGGUGAGCAUGUCGAUGGGUCUCGAGCACUGAGGAGGGGUGUUUUGCCUCGGCACACGCACGCCGGGCCUCGCUCGGCUCGUCGACGUGGGCCAAGCUCCGGAGACCUGGAGCUCACAUGCCUAAACACCCGUCGCUUUCUUCCAAUCUACACAAUAUUUUUGACACCAUCCUCUCUGCAGAAACCCUGCUAAACGUCUGUCUUUCCACAUUCUAGCUUCUCUGAGCUCCAACGCGUAUUGUUGGCGUGCAAUCCCUCUUCGAGAGACAGGCAGACCCACACCAGCACGAUGUCCACCACCACAGAAAAGGUAGCUGACAAGCUGCCUUCCAAGGAAGAGCUCAAGGAAGAUGUGAAGAAGGCGACUAAGUCUUCAGUACAGUCGCUUCGUGCGCUCGUUGCUGGAGGUGUGGGAGGUGUGUUCGCUGUUGUUGUGGGACACCCAUUCGACCUGGUCAAGGUGCGAAUGCAAACUGCUGAGAAGGGCGUCUACACCGGUGCCAUGGACGUUUUAAGGAGAGGCAUUGCAAAGGAAGGCUUGGUAAGAGGAUUGUACGCAGGCGUAUCUGCGCCUCUUGUAGGAGUAACACCUAUGUUUGCUGUCUCCUUCUGGGGCUACGACCUCGGCAAACAGCUCGUGACCUCUCUUUCGACAGUUGAGAACAGUCAGUUCAGCGUCGCUCAGGUUUCGGCUGCCGGUUUCUUCAGUGCUAUUCCCCAGACGCUCAUCACCGCACCCUUCGAGCGCGUAAAGGUGCUUCUGCAGAUUCAAGGCCAGAAGAAUUUGGCACCGGGAGAGAAGCCCAAGUACAACGGCGGUGUCGAUGUUGUCAGGCAGUUAUACAAGGAGGGCGGAAUCCGCUCCGUAUACCGUGGCUCCGCGAUGACGCUCGCACGAGACGGCCCAGGCUCGGCAUUCUAUUUUGCAACAUACGAAACCGUCAAGAGGAACCUCACUCCCAAGGACCCAGUUACCGGUCUGCCAGGGCAACUGAGCAUGCCUGCCGUUAUGGCUGCUGGUGGUGCUGCGGGUAUUGCCAUGUGGAUCCCUGUCUUCCCUAUUGACACCAUUAAGUCCCGCUUGCAGAGUGCCGAGGGCCGACCAACCAUCAGUGGUACGAUAAAGGGUAUCUACGCGAACGGUGGCUACAAGGCUUUCUUCCCUGGUAUUGGGCCCGCGAUGGCCCGAGCUGUCCCAGCCAACGCGGCAACGUUCGCUGGCGUCGAGCUUGCACAGAAAGCAAUGAGGAAGAUGUUUGACAAGGACGACGAGUGAGAGGAAUCGAUACUGGCAUCCGCGAUACGUAUUUCGUUCGUCACGUUCGAACUUCAGUAUACCUGGUGGCAUCGCACUUGGCGUUCGAUUCUUUGUUGCCCCAGCGCUGUAUAGAGGACUUUUUCUAGAUCAGGAUAUACCAUUGGUCAUAAUUCGACGAUUUCCAUCGGCAGACGACUUCCCAAGUUGCAAAUAAC